GUGCGCAAAAAAAAAAAACAACAAAAAAACUCAACUGGGCACCGCUGACAGGCGCAAAAACUCUCACAGUGGAGACCUCACGCUCGAGCCGCUGCGUUUCACCACACGGGCCACGCCGACGUGCAUGGCCCCCAGCCUCUUCUGUCAUACGAUGAAUCCUGCGCAGCCUGGGUCACCGUCUCUAGACGCCAAACUGCAGCUUCACCAAAUGGAGGAGAGCGCGGAGGGCGCGGAGAGCGAUGAGCUCCAGCCGAAAGACAUGACCACGGAUAAAGGAUACAAACUGCAGCGGAGCAGCCUGCCCUUCAGCGUCGAGUCGCUGAUUUCUAAGAAGAGCACCUGUCGGACUUCUUGCCCGGCCUUCGAUUCGGCGCCGACGACGCCGACGCCCGGGGCCGGUCAGGGCGCGCAGUUCUCUCCGAGGACUUUUUACGCGGAGAGGAAGCUUUCCGGGGAGAGUUCGCAGGGAGUUGCCAAGAGCUCCGGGGAGGACUGCGCGCAGUUUUGCGAGAAAGAGCAGAGCACUUGGUUCCAGGCGUCCUCCUUCUCAACACCUCACCGGAGCUCUAGUCCGACUCAGUGUACCCUAAGGAAGCACAAAAACAACAGAAAACCUCGCACCCCGUUCACUACCUCCCAGCUGCUGGCGCUGGAGCGCAAGUUCCGCCAGAAGCAGUACCUCUCCAUCGCCGAGAGAGCCGAGUUCUCCAACUCGCUCAACCUUACGGAGACUCAGGUCAAAAUCUGGUUCCAGAACCGCCGAGCCAAAGCCAAGAGACUGCAGGAGGCCGAGCUGGAGAAGUUCAAGUUGGCCUCCAAGCCCGUCCUGCCCGCGUUCGCGCUGCCUUUCCCCCUCGGAGCGCACAUGAGCUCUCCGUCGUGGGGCCCCUCCAACGUCUUUCCGAGGCCCAGUCUGCCGGUCCCGGGACUGUUCAGCGGACCCGUCACCUAUGGGAUGUACUAUUUGUCUUAGGAUCUCCGGGAAGACUGCGCGAGGGGAUGAGAAUUUUAUUUUAUUUUAUUUUUUUUUCAAACAUGCGCGCAUUUCUGGGUCUAAAAUGACCUAAAUUUAUGUCCACUUCAGUUUUAAAUUCCCAGAAAAAAAAACAAAUCCUUGAAAUGCCUUACCGUCAGGUGAUCCACUGUGGUUCCGCAAUAAUAUAAAAGUGGACGCUUAAAUUAGUAAAAGAGAGAAAUAAAACAGCAAAGUACUUAUUAUUCGGUGUCUGUGCCUUAUGAAAGCGUCCUUAUUGUCACUUGAAGUAUUUUUUUUCUUUUUUGUUACCCAAAAUUACCUGUGUGGUUCUCCGGCGAAGCUGCAGAUAGGAUUGAUAUUUUUAACAGCAGCUCCUGUCAAGUUUUAUAUUUUGUAAUUAAAAAUGAUAAUAAUUUUUAAAAAAAAUUUUUUUAAAAAACAUAAAAAGGCACCAAAUUAUAUU